CGGCCAGGUUCCGGGAGGCGCUGCUCAGGACGAGGCCGCCUCCCCCUCCACGCCCGCGGCGGCGGCGGCGGCGGCGGCGGCGGCGGCGGCGGCAGCGGCAGCAGCCCGGAUGCGGCGGCGUGCGACGGGCCGGGAGGGCGGCGCGGAUGGAUCCAACAUGGCGACGCCGAGCCUGAGCCGAGAGAAGAGACCUGGGAAAUUAAGUUUCUUGCAAAGUGUAGUGGGGACUGCAGCUGCUGAGCGGGGGUUCUGGGCAGCAGUGCGCACCUGAGCCCCCAGCAUGGCGGGCCUAAAGCGGCGGGCAAGCCAGCUGUGGCCGGAGGAGCGUGGUGAGCAGGAGCACGGGCUGUACAGCCUGCACCGCAUGUUCGACAUCGUGGGCGCCCACCUGACACACAGAGAUGUGCGCGUGCUUUCUUUCCUCUUUGUCGAUGUCAUUGACGACCACGAGCGUGGCCUCAUCCGAAAUGGACGUGACUUCCUACUGGCGCUGGAGCGCCAGGGCCGCUGUGACGAGAGUAACUUCCGCCAGGUGCUGCAGCUGUUGCGCAUCAUCACCCGUCAUGACCUGCUGCCCUACGUCACCCUCAAGAGGCGGCGGGCUGUGUGCCCUGAUCUUGUAGACAAGUAUCUGGAGGAGACGUCAAUUCGCUAUGUGACCCCCAGAGCCCUCAGCGAUCCAGAACCGAGGCCUCCACAACCCCCCAAAACAGUGCCUCCCCACUAUCCUGUGGUGUGCUGCCCCACUUCGGGCCCUCAGAUGUGUAGCAAGCGGCCAGCUCGAGGGAGAGCCACACUUGGGAGCCAACGAAAACGCCGGAAGUCAGUAACACCAGACCCCAAGGAAAAGCAGACAUGUGACAUCAGACUGCGGGUGCGGGCUGAGUACUGCCAGCAUGAGACCGCUCUGCAAGGCAACGUCUUCUCUAACAAGCAGGACCCACUUGAGCGCCAGUUUGAGCGCUUUAACCAGGCCAACACCAUCCUCAAGUCUCGGGACCUGGGCUCCAUCAUCUGUGACAUCAAGUUCUCUGAGCUCACCUACCUCGACGCAUUCUGGCGCGACUACAUCAAUGGCUCGCUGCUAGAGGCGCUUAAAGGCGUCUUUAUCACAGACUCCCUCAAGCAGGCUGUGGGCCACGAAGCCAUCAAGCUGCUGGUGAACGUGGAUGAGGAGGACUACGAGCUGGGCCGGCAGAAACUCCUGAGGAACUUGAUGCUGCAGGCACUGCCCUGACCUUCCCCUCUCACCUCUCGGGGGACUAUUCCCACCGCCCGCCUCUGGAGCUCACAUACUGUUCUGGGGUUGGUUCUCUGCCCUUCCGACCAAUCACACCCCUGCCUUUUUUUUUUUUUUUUUUUUUUUAAAGGAAAAGACAAAAAUGGAAGUGGUGUUCCCCACCCCUCCCUGCACCCACGUGCCUGGGCCUCCCCCUUGUUUCCCUUUUCCGCGUACCCUCCUAAUGUGUCUCUACAGCCACCUUGCCACUGAGCCGUAAGACAAACGUAGAGGGAGAAGCAGAGGCUACAGAACGUAGUCUUUGUAAGGGAUGGAAGCGAACACUGCUUUUGGGUGCGUCGAGGGGUUAUCCGUGCUUCUGGCUUUACGAGGGCUCUUCAAUUUUGUCUGAAAAACCAAAGGGCUGUGAGUAAGGGAGCUGUGUGGAAGGUGGGACUCUGAAGUGUAUUUUGGAAAUGAAUCACCACCCUCUCCCAAAUUAUAGAAUUUUUAAAAAAACAAAAGCUGUGGCCCUUUCCGCUCUCUCCUGGCCUCUGGUGCUGCUCCUCUCUGCCCCGUUCCCUCCGUUCCAGGGCUUCAGACCUCUGUCUGGUGCGGCUCCAUCCUUUGUCCCCUUUGCCAAACCCUCUUCAAGUGAGGACUGGGUCAGCCAAGUUGCCCCUCCCGACAGGGUGGACGGAGAAGGGGGUGCUGAUUAAAAUACACUCCCCCUGAGGAGGGGAAGGGGGAGUGUGAGACUUCCCUUCCAUGUUCAAGUGAAAAUAAAUCAUGUACCCUGCAGCCCUUUCCCCUUGGCUUUCUUCUGGCUUGGGCAAAGGGCAUCACAGGUGAAAGUGAAGUCAUUCAGUAUCACCUCCUGUCUUCUCUUUCCUUCCCCAUUCUCUAUCCCACUCCCACUCCCAAGCUUCGGAGCGCGGGGCUGGGACAUGCACUGAGUGUUGCACUUUUAUUUGGGUAGGGAGGCUUGUCGAAUGAUCCAGGAGGCCUAGAGCUGGAGCCCAGUCCAGCUGGUACACCACCACCUCCCCUUUCAGCUCCCAAAGGAGAUGCCCAGACACAGACUUGAUGAUGAUUAUAUUUUUUCCAAUGCCAGUGCUGCUCAGCCCUCAGCAUAACUUCAGUUUUCAUGAAAUAAACAGUGACUAUAUAAAA